UGUGUGUGUUAGUUAAUGACCGAUGGGAGGGUAGAGACUCAAGGCUGCGUGACUGCUCAGACAGCCCUUCACAUCCGAGCUGGAAGGAGUGCUCUGGUGUCUGCAGGCUUCACCCAGAAGGACAGCGAGGCCUCAGGAGGGACCGGCCCUCUUCACCUACACAACACUCUUCAUCAUCACCAGAAGACCAUGAGCGCUCACGAGCACAACCACUCUCUGGACUACAUCAAUGGCACCCCAUGGUUCGUCUACGAGUGCACCCUGCAGCUGGACUCUUUCAGAGACUACCGCCGCAUGGCCCUCUUCCUCAUUUACCUCUUCAUCUUCAUCGUGGGCCUGCUGGAGAACGCGCUGGUCGUCUGGGUCAACUGGCGCCGACGCCACUCGGCCAACGGGGUGCUCUUCUGCAUCAUCAACGUCAGCCUGUCGGACCUCAUGGUGAUUGUGAUCCUGCCCUUCUUCAUGAUGGAGGUGACCAUGGACAAGGUCUGGCUGUGGGGGCGCUUCCUCUGCAAGGUCACCAACCUCAUCUACGUGGUCAACUUCUACAGCAGCUCCUUCUUCCUGGCCUUCAUGACCCUGGAGCGAUACCUGUCCCUGACUCGACCCUCGUUUCCCGCCUUCUUCCCUGUGCUGGGCCGGCGCCGCUGGGUGCUCUGCGGAGGCCUGUGGGCGCUCUCCUUGUUCCUGGCUCUGAUGGAGAACGUCCACGUGGAUCUUCUAGAGUGGGACGAGCCGGGCUGCUACAUGCUGCCCGAGCACAACUACACCGAAUGGUUCGUCUCGGUGACGUUCCUUUGCCUGAUCUUCCAGUUCGUGGGCCCCGCCGCCGUCAUCAUCACCUGUAACGUACUGAUCGCUCGAGCGGUUCGAACAGCGCCGGACGUGCAGGGCCGGCGGGACGUGUGGCUGGUGCACGUGUACUCGCUGGUGUUUGUCCUGUGCUGGCUGCCCUACCACCUGGUCAUGUUCCUGAUGAUCGUAGACGACCUGGACCCCUUCAUCCUCAGCUGCGACACCGUGGAAGCCCUCUACUUCUCCAUCAGCGUGGUGCAGAGCCUGUCUCUGUUCCACUGCGUCGCCAACCCCAUCCUCUACAACUUCCUCAGCAAGAGCUUCCGCAGCAACCUGAUCAACACCGUGGUGACGUACAUUCCCAGGGAGGCGACUCUGGACCAGGUGGGAGCGGGGACCCAGCCCAAUGCCCCCAACGGCGGCAGGGGGGACCGGGGGAAGCAACGCAAGUUAAGUAACGCCAGCACCAGCCAGUCUGAUGUUGGAUCAUAAAAAAA